AUGUCUCCUAUUCCGCUGCCCAGCGAUUUUGAAUGGGGAUUUGCGACAGCUGCCUAUCAAAUUGAAGGAGCUGUCGAUGGCGAUGGUCGAGGGAAGUCAAUUUGGGACACCUUCUGUCAUUUAGAGCCUACUCGGACCAAAGGAGCGAGCGGAGAUAUCGCUUGCGACCACUACCACCGCUUUCAAGAAGAUUUCGAUCUUCUCUCACGAUAUGGUGCUAAGUCUUACCGAUUCUCAAUCUCUUGGUCUCGGAUCAUUCCUCUGGGUGGGAGAAAUGACCCUCUCAAUGAGUUCGGCAUCGAUUUCUACCACAGGCUCAUUGAUUCCUUGCUUGCUAGGGGCAUUAUACCGUGGGUCACUUUGUACCACUGGGAUCUCCCUCAAGCACUUCACGACCGAUAUGGUGGAUGGCUGAAUGUGGAAGAGUCACAACUUGACUUUGAAAGAUAUGCUAAGGUCUGCUAUGAGCGUUUUGGAGACCGGGUGAAGAAUUGGAUUACUCUGAAUGAGCCUUGGAUUGUGUCCAUCUUUGGUUACGCUACUGGUGGAAAUGCGCCUGGACGAAGCAGCAUCAAUCCACAGUCAACAGAGGGUAACACGGCCACGGAGCCCUGGAUCGUGGGAAAGUCCUUGAUCAUGAGCCAUGCUCGUGCUGUCGCGCUGUAUAACAGAGAGUUUCGAGCUAUCCAACGUGGCAAGAUUGGUAUUUCACUCAACGGCGAUUAUUACGAACCCUGGGACAGCCAAGAUGAGCGUGACAAACUCGCUGCAGAACGCCGCAUGGAGUUCCACAUCGGAUGGUUUGCUAACCCAGUCUGCCUGGCACAGGAUUAUCCUGUCUGUAUGAGAGAGCAGCUCGGUGAUAGACUCCCCAUGUUUACACAGGCGGAAAUGCAUCUUCUUCAACAGGCCGAUAUGGACUUCUACGGCAUGAACUACUAUACUUCUCAGUUUGCACGUCAUCGAGAUGAACCUGCGUCCGAGAAUGAUUUCCUGGGAAAUGUUGAAGAGUUUCAGGAAGACAAGCAGGGCGUUUCAGUCGGCGAACCAAGUGGUGUUCAUUGGCUUCGCUCGACUCCUAGUCUUUUCCGCAAGCAUCUGACCCGAGUAUACCGGAAAUAUGGCAAGCCAAUCUAUAUCACCGAGAAUGGAUGCCCAUGUCCGGGUGAGGACAAGAUGGCCUGUGAAGAGGCCGUCGAAGAUAACUAUCGGGUUCGAUAUUUCCAAGACCAUGUCGAUGCAGUCGGCCUGGCUUGCAACGAGGAUGGCUCAGAUAUUAGAGGGUACUUCGCGUGGUCAUUGAUGGAUAAUCUGGAAUGGUCUGAUGGUUAUGGCGUUCGAUUUGGUGUCACUUUCACCGACUACGAUACUCUGGCAAGAACGCCAAAGAAGUCUGCCUUGCAAUUGAAGGGCAUGUUCGACGAGCGAAUCGGUGCACUUCCAGCCCUGCCAGAUCUCGAGCACCGGCCAGAGCGUGUGAUCGAUGCCGACGGAGAAAAGCAAAGACGAGGACCCAAGACAAAGCGACAUAAGUUCACCAGUGAGGCACAUCCAAGUUGCCUGGAUAGCCCCACGGCGCCUUCUUUGGAUCUCUCGGGACGUAGUCCUAACACUGGUCUGUGUAUCACCCCAACUGCCGCUGCAAUAUCACUUGAUGCAUGGGGCUCCAGUCUUACAGCUGUGGAUCCCGCGCUCUCGCCCGAAACAGCUCAUACUGUUCGAACUUCCAUCUCCGAGGCCGCUUCUGCAAGGGCCAUCUCAGCCGUACAACGAUGGCAAGAUCUAGCACAUGCACUGUACUCACGAGAUCCAUCGGCAAAUCUAGAAAGAACUGUUAAUCACUCUUUCGAGCUGUUCUUCCAGUAUCUCUUCCCAUUGAUCCCACUUGUUCAUGAACCCAGUCUUCGAGAUGGACUCAACUUCUUUGUUGCCCGGAGAGAUAACACAACGGCGAAUAGUCUGAUGUACGGGCUCAAUAGUCUGAAGUAUCCAGAAUUGUGGCCAGAUGUUACUUUCACAUUGAUAACGGCUGUCUGCGCCGAGGCAGCAUUCCUUCUUCCGAAAAGCAUCUUCCCAGAAGGCGAGAGCAUCGCGGAGAUUUUCCUUGAAGCUUCUCGUAACUGCCUGAUCACGUACCUGGAGUCUGAUCUUGAAUAUCCAAAUGCCAAUUCUGUUGCGAUCCGUUACUUUCACUCCAACUGCAUGCACGCAGCAGGCAAACCACGACUGUCGUGGCAUAUAUUCGGCGAAGCUACCAGAUUGGCACAAGUGAUGCAGAUGCAUGAAGAGGAAUCUUUACAGGGUCUCUCGCCGCUCGAGGCAGAGUUUCGAAGACGUGCAUUCUGGAUAGUCUAUAUUGGUGAUAAAUCAGCCGCAAUCUUGAAUAACCGGCCAAUCACCAUUCACAAGUUCUCAUUCAAUUCAGGAAUCACCAUUGGAUAUCCCACUGGAAUUGAGGAUGAGAAUAGUUUCAUCGCAGGCUUCAACGCCAAUAUCCGGCUCUGGGAAAGUGCAUCGGAUUUGCUCCUGGAGAUGCGACUGAUAGACCAAAGCAAGACAGUCAACGGUGUCGCUCGUUCGGCCCCUACAGCCGAGGAGAGGUACCGAUUGGAUCACCUCUACGUGCUUUUCGCCACCUCGCUCGAUAACUUGCCCUCACUGCUACAACCAGACAAGCUUGUGAUGAAUGUCGGCGAAGAAAGCAGUCGACUUAGUAGUCUAAUGAGACAAUGUGGUAUUCAAGCGGCAAAUCUUUACGUCUCACUACACUGUCUUAAGAUGGUGAUUACACAGAAGUUAGAAGAGUUCAAUCAUUACCCACCGACACGCAAUGACAUAUUGUUACUGAGAAAGACCGAUAUCGCACGCGACAUGCUGCGUGUCAUUUGCGAUGCUCCAUUCUGGACAUUGCAGGUGAAUGGUGAACCAUGUGUAAGUCUGUUGCCUCACACACCAUAG